UCUCCCUCUUUCUCUCUUUGUUAGUUGUUUCUAAAUUAAGCUUCUGAUUUUUUCAAUCAUGGACGCUUCGGAUGGUGCUGCACUGAACGAGUCGUAUCGCCCACUGCCUGCUCUCUACUUGGCGUUUUGGUCGAUUUGGUUCGUCUCUGCUUGUUCCUGGACCUUCAACACCUACAAGAACCGCCAUUUCCAGACAAAUAAUUUACAGUGGACACUCGCAUCCGUUCCUUUAAUUAAAGCCUUGCAACUAACUUUGUCUUUCCUUUUCUGGUAUUCAUGCUUUUAUCUAGAGAUAUGCUCUCUGUGGAUGUCGUUUGGAGUGUAUGUCACAGGAGUGCUCUUUCAGACAGCUUCAUUUGUGUCAUUUUUGCUCAUUUCUCAUGGUUACUGCAUAAUGUGCGAGCGUUUGUCGGUAAACGAGCGGCGUACUACCGCCAGUCUAGGCUGCGUCUUUUACUUGACUCUUGUCGGAUAUAGAGCUUCCGUGCCUUAUUUUUCUGUCCUGCUACCGCUUAAUUAUUUGAUUACCUUCUACGUGAUCUUCCACCACACAUCACAGAACUUGUUAGUUCUGCGGGAACAACUUAGUUUUAUAGAAGAUGAGGAUGUUCACGCAAUGCAUGAUGCAGUAUAUACGAAGUAUAUCAUGUUUAAAAAAUUUCAAGGUGCAAUGCAAAUAGUGGCUCUGGCUGAGGCUGUGUUAUACAUAAACUUGGAUGACUCAUCAGAAAAUUACUGGCUUCGCUUGGUGGUUCGAGAAUGGGCACAGUUAUGCAUCUUUUCUUAUAUUGGGUGGACUUUUAGGUCACAAGAUUUGGCACCGCGGUUUUCUGUCAUGCCAACUCUGAAACCUAAAGGGGAGACAACAAUCCCUCCAAUUUAUAGUAUAGAAAUGGAUGCUGCCACUUUCAAAGACUUCAGCAGUCGUGAAUGGCAAAUUGGGGUGGCAACUUCUAGUAAGGAAAGCUCCAAAGACCCCGUUAUAAUAAUAAUCCAGCAACCACAUGCAACAAAAGUCCAACAAAUGUAGCAUUUUGACCCCAGAUACUAAAGUUUAUUGCCACUCAUUGUCGGAGAAGCAAGAAGAGUAGGGGAUUUUUAUACGACAAUUUUCAAGUAUACUCGAGUUUUUCCCGGAUAGAAAAGUCUGGCAAGACUUCAAAUGGUCACAUGCGUUUUCAUGUAAUACUAAUGACUCAUUGUAUAAUAAAGCCAGGAAGAAAAAAAAAACAGAGCAACAUGUAAAUAGUAUUACUUUCUAACUGACCGCUAAAAUUUAUUGUGUUCUUAUUAUCUUUGUUGGACUGUGAAUAACCAACCAAGAAUUUAAUUCUUGUCGUUCAUUAACAAACGACAGUGGACGGGGGAAAAAAAAAGAGGAUUUUUGGAGCCCGAACCUUCAUAUUCACAGGAUUCUUGUCUCAGAAUUCAGAAACCGACUAUGAAAAUUGAAAGUACAUGAAGACUUAAAGCUUGUUUCCAAAAAAAAAUAAAAAAUAAAAAGAAGGAAAACGACAUCCGAAACCCAUAGAAUAUAUUUACGCAUACAAAUAAAAAAACUGGUAAAAAGAAAUCUCAAAAUUUAAGCAAUCAGAAAAGAAAAAACAAUGGAAGGAAAAAGCAUUAAGAAUCUGAGCGUCAGUUUUAAAAAGCUCGAAUUUUGGAAACAUCAUGUACUAGUCAGUACUGAAUACCAAUUUCUUUCAUCAUCCGCUCAGAUAUCUGAUCUCGGCUUCAAGAAAAAACAUAAAAGCAAACGGAAACAACAAUGGUACGAAAAAACAUUGAAAGAAAUCUAUGAAAGUAAAAGAACAGGAGAGUGGACAGAAAAGUGAACCGGAUUGAAGCACGCAGUU